AUGGCAAACUUUGUCGGAGGGCUACGGUACAAUUCGGGCAUGUACAAAUAUCUCCUCAAGGAACUGAACGAAAAAGAAGUCCGAGAAUUACAGGAUAUAGCCACUCCACUCGAAAAACUUUCCCGCCUUAUUGAGCAGCAAGUAAAGGACUCCGAUCUUGUUUUGGCCGAGGAAACCGUACUGGCAAUGCUCGAUAGAGUGCGAACCAUGCAAACGGCCAAAGUAAUGUGGCCGACAAGCACCGUUGACUAUAUAAUAAACGCCUAUGAAAAGUUUGAGACGGGCUAUAAUGCUUUUGUUGAAGGGGGCAGAAACGAGACGGAAGCCGCAAAGCUCAUGAUUACGAUCCUAAGUGGAUUUUUGGGACUAGAGGACGAUGUUUUCAACCUUUUCGACAGCGGUCUAGGCAUGAACUCUAUGUAUAACCCCGAGGAAAAUAAACACUUGUUGUUGCUGACUGCACUCAUCCUUGGAUUGCGCGGUGAUCGAGGGAUAAAGUUUGGUACUACGUACACGAUCGCGGGCCACGAGAUGUACCAUUCGAUUUUGACAUUCCCGGAAAUGCAACUCCAACUUUGGGACCGGAAGGUGGCACUGAAUCGCGAAUGCUACAUUGAUCAUAUGAUACGAACCCAGGAUAUGUAUCGGGCUGAAGAGAACACAACAUAUUUGAACUCGGGCGUAAAUACUACGGGCGAAGACCUGCCGGACUAUGAGGGGCUUCAAGCGGCGUUCAAGUUGCUACAGCAGGAGGGCGGUUUGGAGGAAGUACCCUAUCCUGAGCUGCCAAAGAUCACGCGAGAGCGCUUGUUCUUCUACAGCUGGACGGCAACCUGGUGUAUUCAGGGACCACGGCGCAUUUCGAGUGACAGG